ACAACAACAAACUAGAUUUUUUAUUAUAAUAUGGUUUAUUUAUUCAAAAAUUGAUAAUGAAGCAUCGAAUCACACCACUGCGGUUCAUACAGAAAAAUUGGCUUCUAGUGGGUAUACUGAUAUGCAUAUUACUAGCUGGAAUAUAUCCUGAACUUGGAUCCAAAGAAGGACCUUUACGUACUGAGUAUACUGUUAAAUAUGGAGCCGUUUUUCUAAUAUUUUUUAUAAGUGGAUUGUCUUUGAAAACUGAAGCAAUUUUCCAUACAUUCCAAAGGCACAAGUUGCAUUCCUUCAUACAGAUUUUCACAUUCAUAUUCAUUCCAAUAUUUACACAAGCUUUUAUCAGAAUAGUAUCAAUUUUCAGAGUGAAUGUUUGGAUACUGAAAGGGUUAAUUACAGUAGCAUGUAUGCCUCCUCCUGUAUCCAGUGCAGUUAUUUUGACUAGAGCUGCCCAAGGAAAUGAAACAGCUGCUAUAUUCAACUCAAUAUUGGGAAGUUUUCUAGGAAUUAUUAUAACUCCUCUACUAUUACUGUUCAAUUUGGGGUCUACUACUGUUGUUCCACUAUUAGACACAGUGAUUCAGCUUCUUACAACAGUGGUUAUUCCACUUGUACUAGGCCAAGGCAUUAUAAAAUUCACAAGCUUUAGAGGUCAUACUUUACCUUUGAAUGCUGUUAGCCAGUGUGCCCUUUUAUUUGUAAUAUACACUACAUUUUGUGAUACUUUUCUUGUACCAGAAAGUGGGAUGUCUGCUUUGGAUGUUAUAUUCACAGUUUUUUCAGUGUUGAUAUUACAAGUGAUUCUUAUGUUCCUCAGUUUCAAAUUUGCAAGCAGUAUGAAAAAGCAUUUUGAUGCACAAGACAUCAUUGCUAUUGUUUUCUGUUCAACACAUAAAUCUUUGACAUUGGGCAUUCCAAUUCUCAGGAUAAUGUUCCAUGGUUAUUCCCAUUUGAGUCAGAUAAGUUUACCUCUGUUGGUUUAUCAUCCCACCCAAAUUAUUCUAGGUGGAUUGAUGGUGUCUCAGCUCAAGGACUGGGUGCAUUCUCAGAGAGUUAAAAGACCACCAGUGUGAUUUGCUAAUAUUAGGUAUUUAUUAUUUUUUAUAUUAUCAUAGGGAUAAACAACUAAGAGUGAUAAAUAAAUGAGUCUUUUCUGGCCCAUGAUAACUAUUAUUCUGAAAAUGGUACAUUUAAUGUAUGACACAGGAGGACAACUUAAAUUCAUCAGAAUAAUUUGUAAAUCUAGCAAUUCACAUUUUUUAAAUGUUAUUUCAUACAAGGAGAAUUACAUUUUACAUUCUAAUUUCCGAACAAAAAACCGGCUAUUUCCGAAGGCAAGACAAAAAUUACUUCUUGGCAGAUACUAUCUUUUCGUCGGCAAACACUUUUCGUCUGCUGCAGUGUUGCCAGUUCUACUGAUUUUUCAGCAGAUCUGAUUUGCAUAUUGAUCUACUGAAACAUUUCAUAAUUUACUGAAACAUAU